GGUUAUUUUCUGUAAUUGGACGGAACCAUCGGUCACCAUGAGCUCUGCUCCGAGGAAAAGGUUCUACCAGAAGCUGCCCGUUUGGAUCGUGGAGGAUCACCAUGAAGUGGUGUGUCACAUCUAUCGAGCCAUUGGAUCCAGACACCUCCCACUCGGUAACAUCCAUCUGGUCCACCUGGACUCCCACCCUGACCUGCUUAUUUCUGUGAACAUGUGUGCAGACACAGUGUUCAAAAAGGAGAAACUCUUCAGUGAGUUGAGUAUAGAAAACUGGAUAAUGCCCAUGGUAUACGCUGGUCAUGUGUCCCGCGUGGCUUGGCUACAUCCUUAUUGGUCCCAGCAAAUCCAAGAGGGAGAGCACAGGAUGGACGUAGGCAAAGAGACUUCUACCUCAACCAUCAGGCUUACCUGUAAAGACAACUACUUCCUCAGUGAUGGUUUAUAUGUUUGUAAAGAGCAGCUGGAGAACUCCAAACCUCUGAGGCUGAGUGUAGUAAGAGUCAACCCCGUGAAACCACCACAGAGGUCAAUUACAGGCCUUGACACAGAGAAGGACCCUUAUCCAAGUUUAUCUAAGAAACCUCGGACAGAGUGGAGUAAAGAUGGUGAAGUUCAGCUGCUCCCAUCAUCUACUGACCCACCGCAGCCAGCAGAGGACAGCAACGGGAAGGAAGAGCAGAGCAACAGUGAGACAGGAGACGGAGAGCAUGAUGAAGGAUCAACCAGUUACAUUACUCAAAGACUAGCUUCACUUCUUAGUCAAACAGAUGCAUACGUCCUGGACAUUGACUUGGAUUUUUUUUCCUGUAAAAAUCCAUUUAAGGACAUUUACACAGAGGAAGAAUAUUCUAUCCUCAAAGAGCUCUACAACUUCAAAGUCCCCAACCUGAGUGCUGAUGAGGUCGAGCUAGAGGAGUGCACAGAGCGUCGUACACGUCAGUUAGAAGACUUGGAAGCUGCGUUCGCUGAUCUGCUGGAGAACGAUGGAGAAGAGACCGUCCAGCGAUGGAGCAGACAUUCAGGCAUGUCUUCUAUGGCCCGUCUGGUAUCCAGUUUGAAGGCCAGAAAUCCUUGUCCGGACUAUGAAAUGGUCCAUCAGGCAGGGUUAACCUGUGACUCUGUGGAGCUGCCUCACCACGUCAGUUCUGAGGAGGAGAUCGAUGGACUUGUGUCUGCUGUGCAGCUUUUCCUCAAGAAUCUGCUCACACCCACACUCGUGACGAUGUCCAGGUCCAGUCUGGAUGAAUACUGCCCGGCUGAACAGGUGGAAUUGAUCCAGAGCAAAGUUCUGGCCAUGCUGGAGGGCCUUUAUGGGGAACUGGAUGUUUAUAAAGAUUAUAGCAGCUGCAACAGAGAGUCUGCAGACAGUCAAUCAAAGAGUCCUUAAAAAGGAAUUAGAAACUGCACUUAUUGUUUUUAUUUUUUCAGAA